CGAGAUUAAAUCAGAUGUAACGACGUUUAGUUUACAUUUAAGUAUGCGACAGCGUGGAACGGCAACUCUGCAGAGUGAUAUUCGAAAUACAUUUAAUAAUACUUUUCUUUUCAGAUUCGAUUCAAUGCGGAAGUAUAAGCAGAUAUGCGCAGUAAGGAAAACAAAUCCAUGAUUAAUUAAAUGAAUAAAAAAGAACUAUCGGCAGUUCGGAAUGUAACUCCAGUUAUAUUAGAUAAUCUGGAUGUAAAACAUAUCAUUCCUUAUCUGAUACAGAAUGGAUUAGUGAGUCAGAGUACCACAGAAGAAUUGUUGGAACUGAAUGAGACAAGACGGUCUAAAUGUAAGAGGUUUCUGAAUUACAUUUUAUCAGUUGACAGCAAGUGUACAUUUGAAGAUCUUCUUAGUGCUUUGAGGUUUAAAAAUGUGCAUAGUUUUAUUGCAGAUCAGUUACAGCAUGCUUUUGAAACAACUGUGGAUAUUAUUACUGAUAAACCAGAACAAAACGAGGGUGUACAUUCAACAACACUGAUAGAUGAGAAGCGAUGCAAUGAAAUGCUAACUAAAAACGUUCCUCGGAUCCCAAUAUCAUCAAGAAAGAGCCUAUGUGCUGUUUCAGUAAUGCUAAAACGAUUAAGCCAUAAUGCGGAGUUUGACAAAUUACAUGAGAUAGCGAACACUAUAAAAAGAGCAUAUUACACAAACCGAAUGAAAAAUAAUGUACAAGUAACUGGCAAAAUGUGUUUAGCCGACAUGCAUUUUGUGUCUUUGGAGGCAUUACUUAGCCUGAGACGUGAGAAGUAUAUUGACUCUGAAGAUCCAAGUGACUUUUUCAAAGAAAUGAUAGAGUUGAUACCAUUUACAAAAGAUCCGAAAAUAAGUAGCAUGGUAUACUUAGCAAGGCAUAUUCGGUUUCCGUUUCUGUUUUCAAAGAAAAUAACGAUACCCGAAUUAUUUUUCUUUUGCAGGCGCGGUUCAGCUUUGGCGAUGGAUACCCAAAACGCUCAUGCACUUGACGAUGGUUUGUCAUACUUGCAAUUCGCAAAGGAACAUGCCGAAGACAUUUUACCUGGUAAAGACACGGGCAUGGUGUAUUACAUAGAGACAAAUCUACUUUUCGAGAAAUACGAAACCAAUCCUUCUAACGAAAUGAAAAGUAAACUUUUGAAUACCAUUCAAAUAGCUAUAAGUCAGUUUGCUGAGGAAAGCGAAGAUGUACAGCGUGAUUUUAAGAGACAGCUCAUGAUUAAAAUGGCGUAUUGUUACCUGGGAUUAGGGCUAUUUGGAAAAAGAAUCGACAAUGUUGCAGUAGAGGGCUGUGAUAUCACGAAAGCAAAGAAUGUUAUCGAUUUUAUUGAAACGGAAAUAUGGCAUGGAAUAGAAAAGCGGCGACAGAUGUUGUUUUUUCACGUGAAAGCAGAAUAUUAUCGACAAAUCGAUAAUGUUGCCCAAUCCCGUAUGUAUGCCCGAAAGGCCAACCGCCUGGCAGAAAAAUAUAACUGGACGAAGGAAUUGCCGAACAUUUCCUCUUUGUUGAACAGACUUGGUUCGCAUGCCAAGCAAACUGAGGCAACGGAAGGAGACAUUUAUAAGAUGUUAGAAGACGUUAUUUCAGGUGAAAUUUCAAAUAAAAUAUCGGUGCAAACUAACACUGACAACAAGUAACUAGAAUAUCGAUGGUGUUUGCCAUUGUAGUAUACCAUUGUCCUUUAAGAUAAACUUAAUAGACACGUUCAAUGUAAUAAACUAAAUCCGUUUAUUAUUUUGCUGAAAUAAAGUUAAAUUAUAUAUAUUUGUUGGAGUUGUUUGUUUAGAUAUCAACUGUAUUUUAAUUUUGGUUAGACCAGAGUUUAGAUUAGUCGAAAAAAAAAACACGUAGAUAUUUAUAUUUUUAUGUAUGUACAAUUACCGGUAGACAGCACUCGAAGAAUUUCUGAUUUCCAAGAUUUGCAUAGUUAACGCCUUCUUUAUAUGUUCUUCGCUGGCCAUAAGCACAUCGCUAUCAGACUAUGUGAUAAUGCUGUUGUUGUUUUUAAAUAUUAAUCGAUGCAAAUUAAUGUUCUUUCACUAAAGUUACUAACUGAUAUAAAACUCUUUCAACAAA